AUGAGCAGUGCCACAUACCGGAAGGCAUAUGAACGCGUCUACAGGAUGGCGAUCCUAGGCAUUACAGGGGCCCUUCGAACCACCCCGACUAUUGCCAUGGGGGCCCUCCUGGGCCUGCCACCCCCACACAUUACGGUGGAGGAGGAGGCCUGGAGGGCGGCGCUACGCCUGAGGCACCUAGGACUUUGGAAGCGCACCGGUUUGGGACACACUGUGAUACUUAACCGGCAAGGAGCACCGCGGACAGCUCUGGAACAGAGCGGGGACCGCUGCACCAGCAGAUUCCAGUUUAACCGAGUUUUCAGGGUAACGUACCCGCUCAGAGAGACCUGGGCAAACAACCCGGACAGAAUACUCUCCCCAAAAGGACCCGUGUGGUACACAGACGGGUCCAAAACUGAGACGGGCACCGGGGCCGGCUUCUGGUGUGGAGGACCAAGGACGAGCAGGUCGCUUGCCCUGGAACCCACAGCCACGGUGCUACAAACUGAGAUGUACGUUCUGCUAGCCUGUGCCAGACAUAUCCUGAGCAUGGGCUACAAAGGGAAACACAUAUAUAUCUGCAGUGACAGCCGGACAGCACUCAAACACCUGGACGCCUGCGUUGUAAGGUCGGUGCUGACCUGGGACUGCAUCACUGUCUUAUCACGGCUGGCCAAAGACAACCGCGUGAGCCUGGUAUGGGUGCCAGGACACAGCGGCAUCCAAGGCAAUGAAAUUGCACACAACCUGGCCAAAGAGGGGGCCUCGCGCCAACCGAGCGACGAGGGCUUCCUCCCCGGCCUACGCCCUGGGCUUAUAAGAUGCCUAUCGAAGCAAUGGACGGUGGUCCGCUUUGCGGACCUCUGUGACCGUACACCAGGCAUGGCUCAUUCCAAGGGCCAUCGCAAGACCUAG